AUGGGUUUUAUUACACAACAAGGCAGUUUAACUGAUGAUAACUUAGUGUCCAUGGAUCCUUUAUUUGAACAAUUGCUUGAUCAGAAAUUUGCAACGAGCACAGAGGCAUACGAAUAUUGCAAAGAAGCCUGCGCGGAAUAUGGAUUCACCAUCAAGCAAGAACCGAACAUCAACAGAAAUAUUUAUAUCUACUGUACUCAUAUGAAUCAGCAAUCAAGCAAUUUAGAUACGCCACCCUCGGCCAAGCGUAGCUCAGCUUUAACGUCUUCGGAAUGUCAAUGGAAGAUUGUUCUCGUUGAAAACGAAAACAAUGAGUGGGUCUUUCGAAAUUCAUUGAACCCUAUGGCUUCAGAACACAACCAUAAAGUGUUAUCCAUGGAAGGCGAGAAAUGGCCGCAGAAAGUGCAAGACAAAAUUAUUGAGCUGGCCAGGCAACAGAAAGACCUUUCAUCUAAUGAUAUUAGUCAAAUUAUCAAAAUGCAGUUUUCCAAGGAAAUCACCUGGAACAACCGUCUAUUUUACAAUUAUUUAACGGAGGAGCGAAGGAAAAACCGACAACAAGAAACAGUCGAACGAGUGCAACGGCUCAUAACUGCUACAACACGCUUAUGUUCUGUUGUGGCAGCUAACGAAGAUUGGGCAACUUGCGUGGAAGGCGACUUAUCGAAAAUGCUUCAAAACUACAAGCAUCUUUCCGGAAUACCAAAUUCUUUACUUGACAGUAUGGUUGAUCUUCAAAUGGAAAUGAUCUAUUCAGAGAUAGAAACCAGAUCACGACGUCAACAACAAAAACAUGAUAACGACGAUAGUGGCUUAUUGAAAUCAAAGAAACGCAAAGCCUUUGCUUCUGUUACAAUAAUGAAUAGUAGUAGAAAAAAUAGUAAUGCAAAACUACUGCAAAAACAAGGUUUUCAUGUGAUGAACAUUCCAAGUUGCGCCCUAUUUGUCCGCUCUCAGCCUUUAAGGUCAGUUUCCGAUACCCCUAUGCAUGGUAAUAGCAGCGGAAGCGGUAGAAGACAAGUUUUCCCUGAUAUGAUGCUUCAGGCACAACAACCGCAUUAUCAGCCCAUUCCCUCUUAUCCGCAAAUGAUAAACACAUCUAACACAACGGCUACUGCUGCACCUUUCAAUAUAAACCCAGUUUUCCACCUAACCUCACCUAUAUCAUCUACAUCAUCUACUUCCUCGACUCAACAAAGAUUGGACUACCAUUCACAGGUGACUUACAGAAGUCAAUCUACAGGCCUUGGUAAUGGUGGCGGUGCUAGCAAUGGUGGUAUUUUCCACUCACCUCCUAUUACAGAUUCAACCAGUAUGAUAAUCACACCUAGUUAUGACAGUACAGUAACAAGUAACGGUAGCAGUUGCGGCAAUAAUACAAUUGGAAGUCAACAUCAGAAUCAAUAUUCUGCUAUGUACCCUUUGAAUUCUUAUUCACCCUACACACAACCCAAUCAUCAGUCACAGCAAAUGCAUUUCACGGGAUCGGCCAGUACUGCGCCUGAAGACAUAGGCUACCCUUUCAACACCGCUGAUGGUAUUUUAAAUUGUACCACAACUGCGACAACGCCAUCUUAUGCACAGGUUUCUCAAACAAAUGCUGUCGCUGCCGCUGCCGCUGCCGCUGCUGUGACUGUUCAGCAACAUCGCCAAGAACAACAAUCCUCGACCAAUAUGGCCACGACACCUAGCACAGCGGAUCGAUUGAACAGUUGUUACUCUUCUAAUACAACUUCCGCAGCAGCAGCAGCAGCUGCUGCUGCUGCAUCUUUGGGAUAUUUCUCAGCAAUGUCUACUAGAGACAAUAACACAAAAAUUUCUACUACAAUUCCAUCACAGCGUUACUUAUAUCAACAGCAAGGAUACGAUCAACCAACACUAGAUAAUCAUCAGUUACCUUUACAUACUAGAUCAUCAGUUAACCAUAGUAUGACAGGUCUAUUAGACGUUGCUAGCACAAAUCGUAUCCAUCACCAUCACCAUCAUCCUUUUGUCCAACAGCAUCAUCAUAGCGCAACCGCUUUAAGUCAUCAAGCACAUCCAUCACAAAGUUGGACCUGA